AUGGGAAGGAAGGUUGCUGCAUCCAAAGCGGGCGAGGGUGAGAAUAAGAAAAGGUCUGGCAAGAAGAAGGAGCCGCAGUUGCCAUCGCCCAAGUACGGGAAGACUGAUCAAACUGCGCCGCCAAAUCCCGUCUAUGCUUGGAAGCGGUCAAUGCUGAAGGAGGAGGAUAUCAAGGCACUCGUACUCGACGAGGCGACCGAAGCGGAGAAGGCGGCAGCUGCGGCCGCUCAAAACAAGUCACCAAUCAUCGAGGAGUUGAUCGAGAUUGAGGAUGAUCCAAAGCCUCAAGAUGUUGUUCAUGUUGAUCCCCAGGUGGUGAACCCCACUAGUGUCGUUGUCAAGAUUAGCGGAGAAACGCAAGGAGCACGUGAACGCCUUCUUCAGAACAGUAAGGCCGUAAUUCACACCAAAACCACUAGGCCUGUAUAUAAGCAAGAGAAGUCCAGAAAGACCAGAAGCAGUGUGGACUGGGACUCUGGGAGAAGGAAGUCAGGAUUGACGUACGGGAGGAAGAAAAGAAGAGGAUAUAUCAAGGUGAUGGAUGAGCUAAACCCAUGGCAUUCACAUCCGGACCCUGAGGACGAGUUAGCAUACAUGUACGGGCAGCAAGAAGAGCACGCCGGGAUGCAACACCAUUUCGCCGAGCCCCAGCAGUACUACACACCACCGCCACCAAUGGCGCCGCCGCCUAACCCGAUGCAUCCUUCUCAUCCACACCGGGCCUCGAGUAGUUUCCCGGGCUUUGGGGUCCCGUCAUUGCCCAGCCUGCCGUUCGGAGCGCUGGCGGUCAAGAGCGAGCCAGGGCAGCCGUCGUCGUCGUCGAGCAUCUUCUCCUUCGGCGGACAGCCUCCUAGCACGCUCAACUUCUCGGGAGGAGACUGGCCGGACCCGGACGGCAUUGAAGCGGCGGUGCAGGUGCAGCAGCAGGCGCCAGAGAGGCGGAGCCGGGCGCACUGGAACACGCAGGAACACGUCAUCGCCGAGCGCAAGCGCCGCGAGAAGAUGCAGCAGCAGUUCGUGGCGCUGGCUACCAUCGUCCCGGACCUCACCAAGACCGACAAGAUCUCUCUCCUUGGGAGCACCAUCGAGUACGUCAAGCAGCUUGAGGAGAAGGUGAAGACUCUAGAGAGACAAAACAUGAGGAGAACAUCUGAGCCCACCGUCUUUGAGAGCAAGUGUCGCAUAUCAACUGAUAGUAGCGAUGCCUCAAGCUCCAGAGAGAGCACCUUCGGUGCGGGUAGGUUCAGCCCGACUGUUGAGGCAAGCAUCCAUGGCGAUACCAUCCUAUUGAAAAUAUGCUGUAAGGAGAGAAGAGGAGUGCUGGUGACGCUCAUCUCCGAGCUUGAGAACCAGGGCCUCUCUAUCAUAAACACCAGUGUUCUACCGUUCACAGACUCAUGCCUCAACAUCACCAUCACAGCAAAGAUUGGAGAAGGGUUUUCGACCACAGUAGAGCUCGUAGCGGACCUGACCACGGCUCUCAGAGGUUUCAGUACUUGAGGUGGGAAAGAAAAUUGAGUAGCAAGGGAAAUGUAAAUGAAGUGCUUGCUUUGGAAGUUAUGAUUUUUUACCCUCUUUUCUUCAAGGAGUAGAGGGGACACUGGGCCGGAUACCCAAGCACGUUUUGAAAUGAUGAAACUCUUGUGCAAAUCCUCUCUCUCUAUUCUAUUUAAGCAUGUGUUGUGUGCAUUCUUUCAUUUGAUUUCUUCCAUUCAUCUUUCAAAAACAUGAGUAAUAGAAUUCCAGGAGCAGGAUGUCCAGAACAGAAGCAUGAAAGUUUGCAUGGUUGAAAGACAACGGGCACUCAAGUAUAUUGUACGUGUGAUUGUAUUAGGAUGUGAACGUGUUGAAAAGUUUAAUUUCCA